GACGACAGCUCUGAAGUGUUAAUGAAACCCAAAAAAGAAGUCGGUUCUCGGAGGUUUUCCGGCUUUCAGUCGUUUGGGCUGAUGACCUUAUCCUGUCCGGUGACGCGUCUGCUCACAUCCUCGCGUUCCCGCCCUCUCCACCAAUCACGUCCCGCUGCAGGCACGAGGAUGAGGAGGACCUGGAGAGGAAGAGGAACGGCGAGCAGGGGUGGGCCGGCGGCGACUCGCGGACGGAGGAAGACAUGCUGGGCUCUCAGCUGCAGGUGCUUCUGCUGGGCUUGUGCUGGUCCGUGGUGCUGGACCGGGUCGACGGCGCGCCGCGCGGCGGCGGCGACGACAUGCUGACGGAGGCGCUGAGGGAAGAGCUCGCCGGCGACAAGGACGUCAGCCGCCUGCUGCUGCUGAACUACAUGUCGGACCGGGCGGCUGCGAGAGGCGAGGAGCUGCUCCGCGAGCUGGAGGAGGAGGAGGAGGCGGCGGCGGCGGCGGCGGCGGCGGCGGCGGGAGGCAGGGAGGAGGUGAGGAGGAGGCAUCUCCCCCUCUCCCAGAGGGAGCGCAAAGCCGGCUGCCGCAACUUCUUCUGGAAGACCUUCACUUCAUGCUGACACGGCCGCCCUGUCCACACCAGACCGUCUGCUUUUUAUAUACAUAAAUUAUUCAAUGUUUGCUCCAGUGAGCCUGUAUAUAUUUAAGAAUGUCAAAAUAAAAUGUUGUGAUUUAUAGGUUUGUCAGA